CUAUUUUUCUUCUCCUUUAUCUGUCCAUGGCCCCACCCCUCAGCCUCUCCUGACAACGAAGCCCACGUCCCCUCCCUCGCCGCGCCGCCGCCGCCGCCGGCGAUGGAUCCGGCCGCCGAUCCGCUGUCCGCCUCCGCCCCAUUCCCCACCAUCCCCGCCGCCUCGAGCCCCAGGAACCCCCGCGCCGCCAGGCCGCGGCGCCAGCCCGCGCCCUUCCGGUCGUCGGACCACCCCGGCGCCGCCUCCGCCUCCGCCUCCGCCUCCUCGUCCUCGUCGUCGUCGUCGACGCGGCGCCUCGGCGUCGAUAUCCCGGUCCGCCACGGCGUGCGGCGUGGCGCUGGGGCCGCGGGAUCGCGCGCUCCCUCGGGCUUCGUCUUCGGUGGCGGCGGCGGCGGCGGGGACACCGCGGCGCCCGGCCUCGUCGACGUGGAGGGGUGCUCGCCGACGUUGGCGAGCUCCUGGAGCUCGUCCAGCUUCGUGUUCGGGGCGUCGGACACGAGGAGCAGCUUCUCGUUUGGAUCCAGCAAGGCCGCACCGUCGUCGAGCUUCUCAGCAACGGUGGGCGAGCUCACCAUAGAUGAUCCCCGCAAUAGGCAAGGCGAUGUCGAUGUUUCUGGAGGAAAUGGUUCACUUCCGGAGAUGAUUACGGAUUCGGUUUUGAGUCCGAAUUUUGUUCGUCAAGAGAUCGAUCACCGUGAUGAAGGGCUUGGUGCUCCUUCUCAAACAAUGGGACGCGAGAGUACAGAGAGUAGCUGCUCACUAGUUGGUCAAAUGGAUAGGCCAUCACUAUGUACCACAGAAAAUGUUGCUAAGCAAUUCGCAAAGGAUGAAGGCAAAAUUUCUGCAGAUGGUGCUGAUAGCAGGGAGAGUAAAUCUGUUUUUGUCUUUGGUGAGAAUUCUGAGGAAAGGGGGUUCACUACAAAAAUAACAGAAACUGAAAUUAAGAAGGGAGAUUCAGUAGAGAAAAAGAUUGUAGCAUUUGGUUCUGAUCAGCUUGAUGCCUCAGUUGCUGAAGGUAAUGCAUGCACCGAGUCCAGUUUUCAGGGUGAAAGGCAUGGAUGUGGCUCAAGUAUGAGGGAUCAUCGUGGAGUUUCCACUAGAGCAAAAGCCUCAAAUGCUUUACCUUUUGGCCUUGUAGUUCAGGAUAGUGGUGCAAAGGUUUCUUCCACAAAGUUGUCUGAUGAAAGACGAAGCGCUGGAGUACGAACAUCAGAACUUGGCGAUUUGGGGUUGGUUGAUGAGCAAUCCUUUACUGUACAUGACAACGAUGCAGCGUCCAGAGAAUAUGGAGGGGUUAAGGGUGUGAGCAUGAAUAAAAGAGCAGUUCAACAAGAGAAGUUCUCAGCCCACCAGGUACCGCUACCACUCUUUAUAAGCGAUCAGAAAGCAGCUCCAGAAGUAAAUUUGCAUUUGAAGGAAGUCACUAACUUCAGACUAGAGGACUCUGAUAUCAGUAAAGGAAACUCUGGCACAAAGGAAGAAGAUGUUAACUGCUUUAGCCCGCAAGCAACAGAGAGUAAUCAUGACAGAACAGUGUUUAUUUCUGUGACAAACCUGGAAAAUUCUAGUCGUUCUGAUUUCAUAUUUGCGGCAUCAACUGAUCAUAGUAAAUUGCACUCACAAAGACGACCUAGCAAGAAAAAAAUUGGAGGAAUGAGUAAUCAUGCUAAUUCUGUUGAAAGCCAUCCGUCAUCUGCCAUUGGUCUUGCACACUCAGAAAUCUCAAGGCAGCAAUACACAGAUUUACCUGCUCAAUGGACCAAAUACAACAAAACAGAUCCUAAAACAGUUACAGUGAGUGUAGGACCAGCAAUUAAGGAAAACAUUGGACAUCAAGAAGACUGUGAAACAUGGCGUAUAAGGGGGAACCAAGCAUAUGCUGAAGGACAGUUAGCUAAGGCCGAGGAGUGCUAUACCCAUGGAAUCAAUUCUGUUUCUUUGAAUGAGGCUUCUUGGAAAUCAUUGAUGCUGUGCUACAGCAAUCGUGCAGCUACUCGGAUGUCUCUUGGUAGGAUGAGAGAGGCCCUUUCUGAUUGUCGAAAAGCCACUGAUAUUGAUUCCAGCUUUCUGAAGGCUCAAAUCAGAGCUGCCAAUUGCCUACUUGCUUUGGGGGAUGUAGAAGAAGCACAAAAGGGUUUUGAAAUAUGUUUGAAGUCUAAUCAUGAAGCAAGCUUGGACAGUAAAAUCACGGAAGAGGCUUCUGAUGGCAUAAAAAAAGCUAAGAAAGUAUCUAAUUUUAUGCUCCUAUCCAAGGAAUAUAUUGUAAAAAAGGAAUUUGAUAAGAUACCCAGCGCCUUACAGAUGAUCUCUGAUGCUUUGUCCACAAGUACUUAUUCAGAUAAUUUGAUGAUGAUGAAAGCAGAAGCUUUGUUACUGUUACAACGAUAUGAAGAAGUAAUUCGGUUUUGUGAAGAAACUCUACAUCUGGCAGAGGAAAAUAGCUUUUCUCCGUGUCAGCAUUCAAAAAUCAUUGACUUGGACAAUUGCAGUAGCUCUGUGAAAUUGUGGCGUUAUUAUAUUAUAGCGAAGUCCUAUUUCUUCAUUGGAAAGCUUGAAGAGGCUCAUCAGUUUUUAAAGAAGCUCGGACAGGAAGCACUUGUUGAAUGCAGGUACGGGAAGCAAUCUCAGCAAUCAGUUUCAUCAUUCUCCACGACAAUCUGUGAACUACUUCGCCUUAAAGCUGCUGGGAACAAAGCAUUUCAAGCUGGUAAAUAUUCAGAGGCUGUGGAGCAUUACACUGCUGCUUUGUUAAGCAAUACCGAGUCACCGCGUUUUUCAGCAAUCUGCUUUGCUAACCGCGCAGCUGCUUACCAAGCAAUGGGCCAAAUUUUAGAUGCAAUAGCAGAUUGCUCACUAGCCAUAGCCCUUGACUCCAAUUAUUCUAAGGCUAUUUCUAGAAGAGCUGGUUUGUAUGAACUUAUAAGGGACUAUGAUCAGGCAGGGAAUGAUCUUCGUAGGUUAAUUUCUCUUCUUGAGAGACAGCUUCAAGAAAAUAUAUACACGCCUUCAGAAAAAUCAGAUGGUAUUCGCAGCAGUCUGAACCGAUCCAAUCUUAGGCUUUCUGCUUUGGAGCGGGAUGCCAAGAAGGGGAUCUCACUGAAUGUAUAUUUGAUACUAGGAAUCGAACCAUCUUGCACUUUCUUGGAUAUAAAGAAGGCAUACCGCAAAGCAGCACUAAGGCAUCAUCCAGACAAAGCUGGUAAUUUUCUUGUGAGAAGUGAAAAUAUCAACGAUGCAGUGUGGAGAGAUAUUGCUAAUGACAUCCGCAAAGAUGCUGACUAUCUAUUCAAACUAAUUGGGAAAGCAUAUGCUAUACUUUCGGACCCUACAACUAAUUGAAAAGCAAAUGAUAGAUGCACAAUCUUUAUUUUUCUGCGGGGAUGUAUACAGAAUCUUUGAUGUAGUAGUGCAAACAGCGCACAUGAAUAUUACAGAAGUGGUCAGAGCAAUCGAAACAAUGACAGGAGCUUACAAUGUUUGGAAAAAUCAUGAGGUGGUACACUGAAGAAACAGAAAUGCAUAAUGGAUCAGUCCUACCCUUUUUUUCCCCUUUGAAGACUAGGUCCGACGCUAAAAGUUGGCUUCUGUUACGCAGGAUUCAGGAUGCCUAAAAAGAAGCCUAGCCACUGAUGUCAGAGUUUGCCGAAUGCCAGGUUUGCGUCUCUUGGUGUGCAGAGUUUUUUGUUGUAUGCCAGUGUUACUUCUCUUUCUCACAGCCAAAAAAAAAAAGGUGUGCAUAGAUCCAAUGGUAUGUAUAGUUCUUGAAGCAGUUGUAAAUGGAAUCAGAAACACUGUAAAUACGGGUACACACCCAUUUACAUGAGCGUGGCAGAGGUAUAUGAUUUGUUUGAUGUGUUGAUUGUAACACGGUGAUUUUGUAAGCAGGAUUUUUUUUUUCUUUUUACCCUUUGAAGCUGCCCUCAGUACAGUUUUGUGUGAAACUGAACCAGUGAGUGAUUCUUUUGUUGUAACAAACGAUUAAAGCUGCAUGAAUGAAUUGUGUGUUAUUCUUGUUGCUAA